UAGAUGGGAGACGUGGCUAAGGACCUCGCAGCUGGGACUGUUGGAGGGGCAUCACAAUUGAUAGUUGGACACCCCUUUGACACCAUCAAGGUCAAGCUCCAAAGCCAGCCUACACCACUCCCCGGUCAGCCUCCCAAGUUUUCUGGUGCAUUUGAUGCCGUCAAGCAGACAAUAGCAGCUGAAGGUCCGAGGGGUUUAUUCAAAGGUAUGGGUGCCCCGCUUGCUACGGUAGCAGCCUUCAAUGCUGUCCUGUUUACAGUGAGGGGACAAAUGGAAACAAUAGUGAGGUCCCAUCCUGGUGCUCCCCUCACAGUCAGUCAGCAGUUUAUUUGUGGAGCUGGAGCUGGAGUUGCUGUUUCCUUUCUUGCUUGCCCAACUGAAUUAAUCAAAUGCAGGUUGCAAGCACAAAGUGCACUUGGUGGCUCCGGAGCAGCUGUUGUGGCUGUUAAGUACGGAGGACCCAUGGAUGUGGCCAGGCAGGUUCUCCGGUCAGAGGGGGGGACGAAAGGUCUUUUCAAGGGCUUGGUUCCCACCAUGGCACGUGAGAUACCUGGAAAUGCUAUCAUGUUUGGUGUAUAUGAAGCAAUAAAGCAACGGAUUGCCGGAGGCACUGAUACUUCUGGACUAGGUAGAGGUUCUCUGAUUGUUGCAGGAGGCUUGGCUGGAGCUUCCUUCUGGUUCCUGGUUUACCCAACUGAUGUUGUUAAAAGUGUGAUUCAAGUAGAUGACUACAAAAACCCAAAGUUUUAUGGCUCAUUAGAUGCUUUCAGAAAGAUUCAAGCUACACAGGGGUUCAAAGGCCUUUAUAAAGGUUUUGGUCCUGCAAUGGCCCGAAGUAUUCCUGCAAAUGCCGCUUGCUUCUUGGCAUAUGAGAUGACAAGAUCAGCAUUGGGAUGAUGAUUAAUUAUUGUG